GUACCCCAUUUUCCAAUUUGCGUAGCCUUACGGCGGGCCCUUGGUGGAAGGGAAUUUGCAGUUACAGGGGAAAUAUCUCGCUAAAUCGACCGUUGCAGGGGAAUUCGUUCAUUUUUAUCUUAUAAGUAGCACACAGUUCCUUAGCUUAUCAAUUAUUUAAGAAUGGAAAACGAACGAUGAGGUGUUUGCAGCUUGCGGCUGCAGUUGACUGACCGACUGAACAAUGGCUCAGUUUCCCACCCCCUUCGGAGGGGGCCUGGACGCCUGGGUGAUCUCUCUGGACGAGCGAGCCAAACAUGACCAGCAGUUUGUCAGCCUGGCCCCCUCACCAGCUGGCUACAUCACAGGUGACCAGGCCAGGAAUUUCUUCCUGCAGUCAGGCCUGCCCCCUCCCAUCCUGGCACAGAUAUGGGCCCAGGCCGAUAUGAACAAUGAUGGGAAGAUGGACAUGCACGAGUUCUCCAUCGCCAUGAAGCUGAUCAAGCUCAAGCUGCAGGGUCACGCCCUGCCCCCCUCUCUGCCCCCCUCCAUGAAACAGCCGCCCCUCACCCUGCCCCCGCCACCCACCGCACCCUUCGGAAUGCAUGGUUUAGGGGUAAUGCCAGGCCUCCCAGCAGUCCCUCCAUUACCCAUGCCCCCUAUGCCAGGGGUGGGUAUGUCCCCCCCUCUGGUGUCGUCGGUGCCUCCGUCUGUACCCCCCAUGGCCAACGGCGCGCCAAUGACGGGCUUCUCCCACCAAGCCACGACACUCAACAAAAGCUCUUCUUUCAACCGCCCGGGUGCCAAGCUGCAAGGCCAGUCUUUUGAGACUUCUAGCUCCCCUGUGCCCCCCCAGCCCCCUAUUGACUGGGCUGUUCCCAGCUCGUCCCGGCUAAAGUACCGGCAGCUCUUCAACAGCCAUGACAAGAUGAUGAGCGGCCACCUCACCGGACCCCAAGCAAGAACCAUCCUGAUGCAGUCCAGCUUGCCCCAGACCUCGCUGGCGUCCAUAUGGAACCUGUCGGACAUCGACCAGGACGGCAAGCUGACAGCCGAAGAGUUCAUCCUGGCCAUGCACCUGAUUGACAUGGCCAUGUCCGGCCUGCCCCUGCCCCCUAUCCUGCCCCCAGACUUCAUCCCCCCCACCUUUAGGAGGGUGCGUAGUGGUAGUGGGGUGUCUGUCACCAGCCUGCUCUCCACUGACCAGCGGGUCCAAGAGGAGGCCGAAGAGGAGCAGGAGAGCGAGAAACAGAAGCUGGAGAAACUGACUUUCGAGGACAGGAAGCGGGAGAACUUUGAGCGGGGCAACCUGGAGCUGGAGAAGCGUCGACAGGCCCUGCUUGAGCUGCAGCGCAAGGAGCAAGAGCGUCUGGCAGCGCUGGAGCGCGAGGAGCAGGAGAGGAAGGAGCGCGAGCGGCUCGAGCAGGAGAGGCGGCGGCAGCAGGAGCUAGAGAAGCAGCUGGAGAAGCAGAGGGAGGUGGAGAGGCAGCGCGAGGAGGAGAGACGCAAGGAGAUCGAGAGGAGAGAGGCGGCGAAGCGGGAGCUGGAGCGCCAGCGUCAGUUGGAGUGGGAGAGGAACCGCCGGCAGGAGCUGCUGACCCAGAGGAACCGAGAGCAGGAGAACAUUGUCCUGCUCAAAGCCCGCAAGAAGACCCUGGAGUUUGAGCUGGAGGCACUGAACGACAAGAAGAGCCAGCUGGAGGGCAAGCUGCAGGACAUCCGCUUCCGCCUGUCUGCCCAGCGGCAUGAGAUCGAGAGCACCAACAAGACCCGCGAGAUCCGCAUCGCUGAGAUCACCCACCUCCAACAGCAGCUGCAGGACUCUCAGCAGUGGCUCGGCAGGCUGAUCCCUGACAAACAGUGUCUAAACGAACAACUCAAACAGGUUCAACAGAACAGCCUGCACAGAGACUCCCUGUCGUCGCUGCAGAAGGCGGUGGAGAUCAAGGAGUCUAGUCGGCAGCAGCUGAGAGAACAGCUAGACACCGUGGAGAGAGAGACCCGCUCCAAGCUGCUGGAGAUAGACGCCUUCAACACCCAGCUCACGUCUCUGGCUGCAUUCUAUCAGGGCCACACUGCCCGGAUAGAGGGCCUCCGUCUGGAGCUGCUGCUGGAGGAGCAGAGGGGGCGACAGGUUGUCCAUUCACCAGCACUGCUGCCCCCCGCAGGACACUCUAUGGAGCUCCGAGAGAUCCACAGCAAGCAGCAGAGGCAGAAGCAGAAGGAUCACCUGGAGGGAGAAAUCAACAUCCACGCCAUCGCCCAGGAGAGGGCCAAGUCCGCCGAGCUCACAGACGGAAGGUUGUCUGCCACUGACGAGGGCUUGGCGUGGCAAGAUGAGGGCACGGUGGAGGCCCCCACCCCGCCCCCCCAGCCCUGGAUGAAGCGCGUGAGUGAGGAGGGGCACACUAAGAAGGACAUGCAGGACAAACUCAACCAGCUCUUCAUGCAGCAGCCUGAACCAGGGAAACUCAUGAAUCAGAGCCAAUGGCCCACGGGCGACAAGAUCCCGGUGACUGGGUUCAACCAGGACAAGGUCAAGGUGGUCUUCUACCGGGCGCUGUACCCCUUUGAUGCCCGCAGUCACGAUGAGAUCACCAUCACCCCUGGAGACAUUGUCAUGGUGAAAGGGGAGUGGGUGGAUGAGUCCCAGACAGGUGAGCCAGGCUGGCUGGGCGGCGAGCUGAAGGGGAAGACAGGCUGGUUCCCUGCCAACUACGCUGAGAAGAUCCCAGAAUCCGAGGUUCCCAUGAGCCUGCGGGCCAGUGCCGCCACCACGGGCGCCGCGCCCAAACUGGCCUCACGGCUCACACCCACCGCCGCCUCAAACACACCCACGCCACCCAGCCAGCCAAUGGCAACCCCUCCCCCGGCGACCGCUCCCCCUGCCCCCGGCCCCUGCCCUGGCCCUGGUCCCGCCUCUUCCUCCUCCUCGGCAUCAAGUAACUGGGCAGAUUUCAGCACCACAUGGCCGUCCACCAGCUCUGUGGAGAAGACUGAGACUGGGGAGGGCUGGGACGCUUGGCCCACCCAGCCGUCUCUCUCUGUGCCCAGUGCCGGGCCCGGGGGCCAGCUGCGCCAGCGCUCUGCCUUCACCCCCGCCACUCUCACUGGCUCCUCUCCAUCUCCCGUCCUGGGACAGGGGGAGAAGGUGGAGGGUUUGCAGGCUCAGGCUCUGUACCCGUGGCGGGCCAAGAAGGACAACCACCUCAACUUCAACAAGAGCGACGUGAUCACAGUGCUGGAGCAGCAGGACAUGUGGUGGUUCGGCGAGGUGCAGGGCCAGCGGGGCUGGUUCCCCAAGUCCUACGUCAAGCUCAUCUCUGGCCCCGUACGCAAGUCCAUGAGCAUUGAGUCUGGCUCGUCCGACAGCCCGCCCACCAUGAAGAGACCCACCCCGUCCCCUACCAAGACCAUGGACCCAGGAGAAGAAUACAUAGCCAUGUACACCUACGAGAGCAACGAGCAGGGCGACCUGACCUUCCAGCAGGGCGACGUCAUCGUGGUCACCAAGAAGGAGGGCGACUGGUGGACGGGCGUGGUCUCGGGCAAGACGGGGGUAUUCCCUUCCAACUACGUCAAACCCAAGGACUCUGAGGGACUGGGACCCGCAGGGAAGACGGGAAGCCUGGGGAAGAAGCCCGAGAUAGCCCAGGUCAUCGCCCCAUACACGGCCACGGGGGCCGAGCAGCUCACCCUGGCGCCCGGCCAGCUCAUCCUCAUCAGGAAGAAGAACCCGGGGGGCUGGUGGGAAGGGGAGCUGCAGGCCCGGGGAAAGAAGCGGCAGAUUGGCUGGUUCCCGGCCAACUACGUGAAGCUCCUGAGCCCCAGCACCAGUAAGACCACGCCCACAGAACCCACACCCCCCAAGCUGCCAAUGCCCAGUGCAGGUAGGGGCCAGGAGCAGGGACCUGACGGGGGCCCGCCGGGGCCUUGGGGCCCCUCCUUGACUCAACAUAUGACUGCAGUGUGUCAGGUGAUUGGCAUGUACGACUACAUGGCGCAGAAUGAUGAUGAGCUGCCCUUUGGGAAGGGCCAGAUCAUCAACGUGCUGAGCAGGGAGGACCCUGAUUGGUGGAAAGGCGAGCUGAACGGUUCCGUGGGCCUCUUCCCCUCCAACUAUGUCAAACUGACCACCGACACAGACCCCAGCCAACAAUGGUGCGCUGACCUGCACCUGCUGGACAUGCUGACACCCGUUGAGAGGAAGAGACAGGGCUACACGCACGAGCUCAUCGUCACCGAGGAGAACUAUGUCAAUGACCUGCAGCUCGUCACCGAGGUCUUUCAGAAGCCUCUGCUGGAGUCGGAGCUGCUGACAGAGAAAGAGGUGGCCAUGAUCUUUGUCAACUGGAAGGAGCUCAUCAUGUGUAACAUCAAGCUGCUCAAAGCUCUGAGGGUUAGGAAGAAGAUGUCGGGCGAGCGAAUGCCGGUGAAGAUGAUUGGAGACAUUCUGACAGCCCAGCUGCCCCACAUGCAGCCCUACAUCCGCUUCUGCAGCUGCCAGCUCAACGGGGCCACGCUUAUCCAGCAGAAGACCGACGAGGUGCCCGAGUUCAAGGACUUUGUCAAGAGACUGGCCAUGGAUCCAGGUUGUAAGGGAAUGCCCCUCUCCAGCUUCCUCCUCAAACCCAUGCAAAGGGUGACGCGCUACCCCCUCAUCAUCAAAAAUAUCCUAGAGAAUACUCCGGAGGCUCACCCGGACCAUAGCCAUCUGAAGCAGGCUCUGGAGAAGGCUGAGGAGCUGUGUUCCCAGGUCAACGAGGGCGUCAGGGAGAAGGAGAACUCUGACCGGCUAGAGUGGAUCCAGGCCCACGUCCAGUGUGAGGGGCUGUCUGAGCAACUGGUGUUCAACUCGGUGACCAACUGCCUGGGCCCGCGCAAGUUCCUGCACAGCGGCAAACUCUACAAGGCCAAGAGCAACAAGGAGCUGUAUGGCUUCCUAUUCAACGACUUCCUCCUGCUGACUCAGAUCAUCAAGCCCCUGGGCUUCUCGGGCUGCGACAAGGUGUUCAGUGCCAAGUCCCACCUGCAGUACCGCAUGUACAAGACCCCCAUCUUCCUGAAUGAGGUGUUGGUGAAGCUGCCAACAGAUCCCUCGGGAGACGAGCCCAUCUUCCACAUCUCCCACAUCGACAGGGUCUACACCAUACGGGCAGAGAGCAUCAACGAGAGGACUGCUUGGGUGCAGAAGAUCAAGGCAGCUUCGGAGCUCUUCAUCGAGACAGAGAAGAAGAAGAGGGAGAAGGCCUACCUGGUUCGCUCACAGAGGGCCACGGGCAUCGGCCGGCUGAUGGUAAACAUUGUGGAGGGCAUCGAGCUCAAACCCUGCCGCUCCCACGGUAAGAGCAACCCGUACUGCGAGGUGACGAUGGGUUCCCAGUGCCACAUCACCAAGACCCUGCAGGACACUCUCAACCCCAAGUGGAACUCCAACUGUCAGUUCUUCAUCAAGGACCUGGAGCAGGACGUGCUGUGUGUCACCGUGUUUGAGAGGGACCAAUUCUCUCCUGACGAUUUCCUAGGCAGGACAGAGAUCCGUCUGGCAGACAUUAAGAAGGACCAGGGCUCCAAAGGGCCUAUCACCAAGAGGCUGCUGCUCCACGAGGUGCCCACAGGAGAGAUUGUCGUACGACUGGACCUGCAGCUCUUCGAGGAGCCCUAGUCCAUCCCAGUUCAACCCAGCCCUGCUCAGCCUAACCCAGCCUAACACCCAUACUGUACACUCCCCCGUUACCCCUGCUCGAAGUCUCACCAAGCUCUAGUGACAUUCCCCAACAGCCCAGCCCCACACUUGUGUGUGUGACUGUGUGAAUUAAUUUUCUGCAAAAGGGUCUUAAGUGAUGUAUUUUUUUCCUCUUUAUGUUUUAUAUCAUUAUGGUGUAUGUAUGAUAUCGUGAUUCCACUAUUAUUUGGUUGAACAAAAUUAUGAAACAUUCCUCAGCUAAUCUAAAAUCUCAAAGGCCGUCUUAUAACGCAAUGAACCUUUGAGACAUGAUAUACUGUAUGUAGAGAAAUGUUGGAACAACACAUAUGAUCAUUGCUUAUGCACUGUAUGUCUUAAAGAGCCCACCCUGUGGUAUUAACACCUGGUCCGUGUUCAUUAGUUAACAAGUGGAAGCAAGAAGACUGAACCGGGCAAUACUACCUUGUCCAAUAAGAAAUGUUAAUUUUCAUUUUCCGUUGCAAAACACCUUCCGUUGUGUGGCCUAAUGAACACCACCCAGAUGACCACACUGUUGUUGUGCCAUCCCUCUGACAACAACUCCCAUAUAACCUUUGACACUGUGUUCAUGUUUAUUAACAAACCGCUAUACGGCUAUUAUGUCAUUGCUUGUAUUUCUUUAAUUCAAGCGUUUCAAGUUAUUUAUUCGUCGGUUUGAGACAAAGGUACAAAAGCAGGUACAGUGCGUACGUGAAUAUGAAGAGAGAGAUACUUUGAGAUAUACCCUCAAAGGUUUGGUGAGACACUGGAAAAAUGUGUUGGUGAAGGAAAGAACUGUUGUUAAUGUUAGUAUGCUGAGAAUGAAAAUGAAGCUAAUCAGUCAUCUUUACACUGUACCUUUAUACGUUCCACAUAUUGAGUGUUGUGUUUCAGAUUGGAAAUUCAAAUGAAAGACCCAAAGAAAUGUUUGGGUGUGUUUGAAACAUUACAGAAGUACUGUACGAAUGUACACACUAAUAUAUUGUCUAUCAAAUUGGCUUAGCCCAAAAUAUAUUGUUGAACGGUUUGAGGGAAAUUGAAGAGCAGAUUUCCUGUUUUCUAAAUGAGUGACGAUUUCUAGUUACAUUUGCAGCGUAGGCCAAGAUAAUGAGUACCAAUGUACUACAAAUCAUUUGUUUUUCGAUGGUUAGAAGAAUCAUACGGUGAUGUCAGGAAUGUUUUUGUACUUGUUCCGAACAAGUCUGUUAUUUUCAACGCAUUCAUAUCUUCACGUUUUGUAUGUAUAUUUUAGUUGUUUUUAAUUGUAUUUUUUCGUAUGCCAAAAAAGCACUGUUUAAUAUAGAGUGCUAUAUUUGUGUUGAAAAGCCAUUUGUAGGUGUUUUGUUUUGGAGACUGAGGUCAGGCUUUGUUGUGACGGACAUAUUUGGCCAAUGCUGUAACUGUUUGUGAAGAGGUAUUUCAGGUUCAUUCAAUUUGGGUCUCAAAUUAAUUAAUUUCCUUUGUAAGAGAACGGGAAUUAUUAUUUUGAGUGUUGUGUGGCACUGUGUUACAUAUUUAUAGAAGCUCAGAAAGACAAUUCAGAUGAAAGGGAAAUAUCAGCCUCCAGGUGAUAUGAGACCAUUUCAAUCUUUCAUAUGGUCUUUUAUCUGUUAUUUCAUUCUUUAUGAUGACCCUCCCAUUAUCUUGGGUUCUGCAUUCGAAAUGAGAUGUACAAGGACAUCCGAAGGCAGGAGAGACGACUGACUUUAGUCUGUUAAGUCUGACAAUGUUAGCAUAACACAGUGGAGGGGUAAGAUCUUCACUCGUGUAAUAUUAGUUUAAUGUAUGUUGUUACCAGCUAUGUAUCCAUGUAGAUAAUGUACAAAUACUAGUGAAAUUCCACUGCCGUGUUAGUGCGAGUGGUCAAGGAAAACAGCUUUUGCAGAGCCUGUUCCUUAUGUGUAAUGUCUAGGAGUGAGUGUGUAAAAUUAACUUACUAUUCUCGAGUGCUUUGGUUUGUGCUGGGUCUCUCUUCAAGUUGGAGGACUUAGAUUAUGACUAGUCAUUUCCUUAUAGCGUGCAACCUCUCUACCCCUUCCCGGUUACCCCACAGUAGUGCUCUUUUAAUGUUCACUCUCAAACCAGUGAUGCUCUCUAUUCUUUUUAAUGAGCAAAGUCUUAACUGAUAAAGUGCAGUAUGUGAAUAUGUUGAAAUAUUUGAAAGGAGUAUAAGUAAUAUAUUACAACUACCGUAGAAGAAUGUUGAUGACAAUGUAUUGUUAUCAAUGUAUGAGAAGUGUUAAAUGUUGAAAAUAAAAUUUGAUUGGACCAAUGA